AUGCAAGAAAGAGAAACCGCGAAGAAUUUUGCAAAAUUAUUGGAGAAGAAGCCAUUAGCAACUGAAUUUGCCCAACUCUCGAUCGAUGAUCUCUCUCCACUAUCAGUCUUGGCACUAGCAACCGAAGCCCAAGUAAACGUCGUAGACAAUGACAGCUUUAACAUCGCCACUGCAUCACUCAAUAUAAUCAUUGGCCUGGUCCGUUACGACAAGUCUACUUUGCUUCGUACCCUGUCAGGCGAAAGCUUCUUCUCUAGCGGGAUCAUCCAUAUGAGGACAUGCAAUAUGGCUUUCUGUCACUGGGAUGCCUGGAUUUCCAACUGCGUCAUUCGACAAGCGGUCAUUGGCACUAACGAUUCUGAUCACGAAUGGCAUCAAAAGUGUCUAAAACGUCUUUGCUUAACUAUGACGUUGGUAUGGUUACAGAUCGGGCGAAGACGUGCAAUGGUAACGGGGCUUUACUGA